CAUAAAAAUCACCAUGCCAUAAAUCAGAUUAUGACAUAUUUUCAACUUUCUUUGGUAAUAAAACAACUAUUUUACUCAACGCAUGCGAUGCUAUGCUAAAAAAAAAGUUAAAUACGAUGUUUAACCUCAUAUACUCGUAUAGUUUAUGUAGAGUAUAGCGUAUGUUGAUAUCAUACUGUACAUGAUAAAUGCUUAUUGAGGUUAUGUGUUGUUUCGUCAAGCUCAACACGUUUCGUGUUACAGGGUUUUUAAUAAUAAUAUUUUAGUUUUGCCAUGGUGCCUGUGUAUGUUUCUCAAUUGUGUUAAGGAUCGUUUCAAGAUUUUUGAACAUUCCCAAUAUGAUUUGCAUCAUUUGUUUCAAAAAUUGUUCGAUAAUUUCAAUUAAUUGGGGAAACAAUUUAAAAUAAAGUGAGUUCAAGCAAUAAAUCAUCACAAGAAUAAAAAAGGUUAUCGAGCAAAACACGACUAGAAACCCUGCAAUGCACUCUCCGAUCGCGUGUCAUGUCAUAAUGCGUAAUACACUCACGCGUCUUUUCAUUUCAUGUUAAUACACUCUCAGUGAACAAGCCGUCUUAAACAUUAAGUCCGAAAACCAAGAAUUGUUUAAUCUCUUGGUUAUUUCUUUGUAAUGCAUGUGUUGUGAAUCUUUUUUUUCUCUGUUGUAAAUCUGUGUUUAUCAAAACAUGUUAUCAAAACGUAUAAAAAAAGUGGCCAGUUGUAUAGAGCUCGCGACCGGGUAGAACGAGUAAGACGCAUUAAUGGUGACCAAUACAAUCAACUACUGCAUACAACUACAGGUAGACCAUCUGAAGAUAAAGUUCAUAAAGUGUCCGUGCGUGUUGCUGAUCGAUCUGUUUACGACAAUACCCUUACAUAUGAUAAUGUGUCCGACGCUAUUUGUGAAAGUACUGGAAGCAUACAUGACAGCAAUAUUUCAGAAUCUAAUACUUCUUCGAACAACAAUGAUGAUAUGUUCAGUGAUGUAGAAAGCAUGUCUGAUGAUGAAACAGGAUUGGAUAAACAUUCUGAUGACGAUGCAAUGUUGGAUGAGCCUGAUUUUGAUAAAAUGGACACGAGUGAUUGUUUGAAAUAUUGGGCAUUGAGCACCAAACAAACCCAUUAUUCAAUGAAUAUGCUGUUAAAAAUAUUGAGGAAAAAAAUGAACAUGUGUCUACCAAAGGAUGCUAGAACUUUCCUGAAAACAAAUAGAAAUGGACCAGAAAUAUCAAAAAUUGGAGAUGGUCUGUUUUGGUAUCGCGGUGUUAAAGAGGGCCUCACCAAGCAUUUGCGUUUUGUUAAGGUGCCAAGCACUCUUUCGCUGAACAUCUUUAUAGAUGGACUACCACUAAGUAAAAGCAGUCCAACGCAGUUCUGGCCAAUAUUGGCAAAUAUUUAUGAAAUGCCUCAACUAUCGCCAUUUACUAUAGCAAUUUAUGCCGGAAGAUCAAAGCCAAAUGGUUUGGAUAAAUAUCUGAAGCUAUUAGUGUCAGAAUUAAAUACCCCUAUUGAUGGAGGAACAAUUAUUAACCAGACAAAAAUAGCAAUUCGAGUGCGAGCCGUCAUAGCAGAUACUCCUGCUAGAUCGUUUAUCAAAGGUGUAGCGAAUUUUAAUUCUGCCGAUGGAUGUCUCAAAUGCACAUGCGAAGCAGAAUUUAAUGAGGAUGGUAGGUGCAUGGUUUAUAAAGGAGUUAACGCCCCUCCAAGAACUGAUAGAGGUUUUAGAGGUGAAGAAUAUGGAAACCAUCACAAAUGUAGGUCACCAUUCAUUGAUUUGAAAAAAUUUGACAUUGUUAAAGGCAUACCAGUAGCAGAUAUUCUUCACUUAAUACAUUAUGGUAUGGUAUGGUAUGGUAUGGUAUGCGCCGUUUUGUUUAAGGAUGGAGGGAUGGAAAAUUAGGAUUAUAAACCAAGUGGUCAGCCCAACUUGCGGAAGAAAUAUCUUCUUUGCUAGUCAAAAUCCGACUUCCAGUAGAAAUACAUAGGUCAUUUCGAGGAGUUGAUAUGGCGCGUUUUUGGAAAGCAACGGAGUAUGGAAGUUUCCUCAAUUACGUCAGCAUUGUAAUUUUGAAAAAUCGAAUAUCUGAAAUGUAUUUCGAACAUUUCAAACUGUUUUUUUGUGCGAUUACAUUGAUGUCGUCAAAAGCAUACAUAAAUAAUUGGAAAAUGGCAGGAGAAAUGCUAAAUAGAUUUGUAAUCGAUUUCGAAGCUCUUUACGGGGAAAGAUAUUUAACAAGUAAUAUUCACAAUUUGCAACAUAUAUGCGAGGAGGUUUUGAAGUUUGGUCCGUUGUAUUCCUUUUCUACAUAUCCGUUUGAAAAUCAUCUUCAGAUAUUAAAAGCUUUAUUGAGGUCAGGUUACAAUGAAAUUCAACAAGUUGAAAUUCAAAAGGUUAUCAGAGUUAGAGGAGUUUCAUAUACCAACUUCGUUUGCUUCGAAAAAAGUGUCUAAGCCAAGCAUAUUUGUGCAGAAGAAUGGAAAGGUAGUUUUAAAAUUACUAAAUUACAUAUUACGUAACGAUGAAUGCAACUCAUGGUUUUUAACCAAAGAAAAUUGUAUUGCAAAAUUUUCAAACGCAGCACAAGUUGGAAAUUCGAUUCAAGUAUGCGGAAGAAUGCUCAACAACAAGUCCGAUUUUUUCAGAUCACCAUUUCCAUCAAGUGUUUUAAAUAUUUACAAGGGAUUCUCAAAUGAUUUAUCGUUGAAUGAUAUCCAGUUGAGUGUGAGUGACAUAAAAUGCAAGCUUGUUGCAGUAAAUUUAGAUCCACUUUCGGAAACAGUUUUUAUUCCAUUAAUUCAUUCUCUUAGCAUUUCUUAACUUCAAAAACUCUCAUUCUUUGAAUAUAUCAUAAUUGAUUCUUUAAGUUCUUUGAAAAAUCACUGCCAGAAAUAAACAUAAGUUCGAUUAAGUGUAAGAGUUGUUUAGUAUGUUGCGUUAAUCAGUAUGAACGCAGUAUGCAGUAUAGAGGGAAUUCAAGCAAUAUUAACGGUUUUUUUUUAAUUUUUUUCAGUCUGCCUCUUAUGGUUGGUAGGUUUACGCACUCCUUGAAUAUUCAAUCGUUGUUUUGCUUGCUUCAAUUUACGUUCAAAAAAUUUUGAUAGCAUAUUUUCGCUAACCUUAUGAAAUUUAGUGCUUCCAAUAGUCUGAAACAAAUUCAUCAGAUUUCUCAACAGUCUAAUUUCAAACUUAGUGCAACCUUUCCCUAUACCUGUCCAACUACAUUCUACCAAUAGUGUUUUUUCGAAAAUUAAAUCAAGGGCUUCCAGCAUCCUAUUUUCCACAUCCGUAUCUAUGAUUUUAGAUUUCAGCCAAUCCUACACCUGUUGAAAAUAAUCUGUUUCUCCUAAUCUUUCAUCGCACUGCAUUGGAUCUUUCUUAUUAGUUAGACGAUUGAAUUCAAAUUCUAAUAUAUUACUUCCAUUUACUUCCACAGCUUGGGCUUUUGUGUUAAGCAGCAUUUCAUUUUGGCGUUCUAUUAUGCUCAUCUUUUUCAAAAUUUUUUGUUGCCCUUUUUGAAGAUCUUCAUAUGCUUCUUUCUGGAACUUUACUAAUGCUUCGAAACAUGGACAAUGAGAACAUUUCCAAUUUUUCUCAGCAACAUUUUCAUUUUCUAGGUGAUCGUUUAAGUAUUCCGCAUGAAAAUUAGCUGUGUCGAAAUCGUAGUUUACAGUUUCCAUAGCAUUGUUUUCUAAAACGCGCUGUGCGAAUAUUUGCUCAUAAUUUCCAAUUGUUAUAUGCUGUGUUGUGCCUUGUUCCAUAUAAUCGGUUGAUGAUUCGUCGGACAUUUCAGCUAAAAUUUUCGUCCCAGUCUCGUAAGACGAAAUGUUUGAUCUUUUCACACAGCAUUCUUGUCUUGUCCAUCCACUUUCAGGAACACUGUUAGCAUUUCGCACCAGUUUGGAUGCCAAUUUUCCGGGAAUAUUGGGCCAUAACAAGUAAUAUUUUCCACUACUAGUUCCCUGCACCCAUCCAUCAGGCACAAGACAUAAUUCUCCAUAUCCCUUAGGGCCUAAGGUCUCCACAAUGGAAAAUCCCAUUGUUAUGAUCCUUUAAUAGUGAAAAAUGAACAAUUACUUUAAAACUAAAUUAUAUGUCUUACUUUAAAUAUUACCUUACACAGGACACUAGGUUGUCAGCUGACCAAGAGCAAAUUUAAGCACAAUACCUGCAGAAUUGCAAAAUACGCAGUGCUUGUGGUAUUCAGCCUCACACAAUUGAAAAAUAAAAAACUUGCUCCUCUGACUUAUUGUUUUAUUCUGUGAGAACAAUGCAUGCAAUGUACCAAAUUUUCCACGAAUUCUUUAUACUCGAACGAUUCAGUUCGAGGGCAAAAAAGGAAACUCGAGGAGGUUGUGGGUAUGAGAAGCAGGCAAUAAAGUAAUGGAGCAGGAUAGACAUAUAUUCCAUCCUUUUCGUAGUUUCGUUAAAUUUGAUCAUUUUCGUUAAAAAAAUGCCGACGCCAUUUUGAAUUUUAACGAAAAAAAUGAACGAAAAUCGACGAAGAAAAGAUGACGUUACGCAGUAAUUUAAGCCCUGGAAUUACUGCUGUAUGGAAAGCUAAAAGUAAUACUUUUAGGCAUACUUUUAACGGUUUAUUAACAGGAUUGUGCUACUUGGGACGUUACUCUGAUACGACCGAUAGCGGUAAUAAGAAGCUCCAUCCUAAAUUCAGGGGACCUUACGUCAUCCAUAAAGUGUUGCCCCAUGCUAGGUACGUGGAACGCGAUGUAGAAGGAUGUCAACUCACACAACUACCCUUCGAUGGGGUUCUAGAAGCGAAUAAGUAGCGACGUUGGACCGAGUCCAGUGAUUAGGAAAUUGAGGGCAGUUUAUUGUUCAGGAUAGCCAAGCUGUAACAUCCGGACUAAUCGGCCUCAGCACAAUUUUUCGACCGAAAAAAUUCGAUAGGCGCUCACGUAAAACUGACAGUAAAACUAUUUCUUUCAUACUCUUGCAUGAAGUCGAUUCCCAUCGAGUUCAGUACUUAGUGUAGGCAAACCAUUUUUUAAAACAUUUAAUAAAUGAUUUUUUACCACCCAAAAUAUUGAAAAAGAACCAGAACAAUUACCAACUUGCUUUUACAUAACGUUUUUCAAAACCAUUAACCUUGAUUUAUGGCAUUUUUCUGAUAUUCGAAAAUUUCCGCAGCUCAAUGAGUUGCGGAUUUUUCGCCAUACAAAGCGGAACGAUCGAAUUUUUUGUAGCAUAGUUCAUUUUGCUCGUGAGUGUCAUGGUAUACCAGUUUUCAAAAAGACCAGUAAAAUGAACACCUUUGCGGCGAAAUGAGUGUCAAAUGACACCAAAAUGACAGCCGGAUCGAUCGAAUUUUUUCGAUCGAAAAAUUGUGCUGAGGCGGAAUAUCGCCCACUGUGCACUCAACCCGAACCCCGAACGCAGCGGUAUAAACGCAUUAUACCUUGACCGAUGGAGCACCCGGUGUGCUAGAUGAACUGUCAUAGAAUAAAGAAUAGAACUCUUCUUGGCGCGACAUUGAACUGAAUAGAUGUAAGCCACUGACUUCUGCGUAUAAUUAUUUAUGUGCUCUUCCGAAUUGUGCUAGAUCUUAUUAAAACGGCCAAUUAAACAUCCGCCACCCGUAAAACGCUUGGUCUUUACCGCGAGGCCACAUGAGGUGAAAUAUACAGCGAAAUGAACUAUUUGACAGGCGAAAUAUCUGACAGAUAAAGCAUCACAGCAACCAGCUGAUGUGCAAUGUUAAUUAAUUAAUUAACUUCAAUAUCGAGUACAGUCUGUUCCCGAGUUACGCGGUUCUCGACUUACGCGGAUUCGGAGAUACGCGGUUUUCUAAAUUUGACAGAUCAAAUGUCAAAUCAGUACAAUUUGCUUCAAGUUCGGUAUGAAUUGCAUUUUUGCUAACAAAUUGAAACCGCUUAAAAGCCAGAAAUAUUAGAAUUUUUCGCACAAAUCAUAUCAAAUAAAUGAUAAAAUGUAUAAAAGUACUAAAUAAAAUCAAAAACUCUGAUCAAUGAAUAGUAGUUUAUUCAAAAAAUGUGAAAUUCGACUUACGCGGAUAUUCGACUUACGCGGAUUCGCCGGGAACGCAGAAACCGCGUAACUCGGGAACAGACUGUACUUCAUCAAUUUUGAGUCAACAGUUCAUAAUUUCUUCCAAUUAGGGAAUGUUCUGCUUAAGAAGAUAUUAUUUUUAAUAGAAUUUCGAAAGCGGAUGUUGUGUCUCCCCCAACCCUUUAGCUGGUCCUGUCAGAUAUUUCACUUGUCAAAUAGUUCAUUUCGCUGUAUAUUUCACCUCAUGUAGCCGCGCGGUUAACAUAUUUUGGCUAGAAAUAACGUGAUUCGACUUACGCGGAAAUUCGAGACACGCGGUAUUAUGCUGCCGUUUUCAGCCCCCAUAAAUCGUGCAUCUCGGUGUCCGCAUGUAUGUGAUUAUCGUGCAAUUGUUAGCUCUUUUGAUGAUAGUUUAUUUUAACAAGAAUGAACAACAAAAGAACUCGGUUUAACCAAAAUAAACUUUAAACGACUUUAUUAUUCCUUUAUUCGCGAUGCCGGAUAUUGCUUACCUAAGAAACCCGUUACUGAAUACGUCAAAUAUGGAAUAUGGAAUACAAGGGUAUGCCGGUUGCCAACUUACGUGUGUAAUUUUGGUUUCAAACCAAGGUGUUAUAAAUGACAAGGUGAAGUUGUUCAGAGCAAAAUGACAUUUCUCGACUUGACAUUUCUCUUCCUGGGGCUCCGGUAUAAAAAUCGGGGAGGACUGGUGCGGGGUAAUGAAAUUUGUAUGCAGAGAGUGACAGAUGUCCCCCACAAUGUCGCCCAGCAAAAGCGAUAAAAAUCAACCUUCUAAAUACAUUAUCCUUGUUUCAAACUAUAGGUGCGUGAAAAUCGCUAGAUUCGAAUAGAUUUGACAUAUGAUGUUAAUGAGUAAUAAAAAAACAAUGAACAUAUGUUACGAUUGUUACAUGAAAUUCCAAUAUUAUUUAAUACAUACUAACAACAUUUAAGAUUCAUUUCUUUUCUUAGCCAAGUUCUUAGCAGCAAUUAUUGUAUUUUUCAUCAGCAUCGC